AUGGGAGGCACAGAGCUUCCAGAAAGUCAAGCGCAGCUGCUGCAGAGUGGGAAGUUGGACGAGCGAGAGAAGCAACUCCUGGACGAUACGACUUCUGGUUCAGAUGAAUCCAACUCGCUUAAUGAUGACUUAAAUGACGGCAAAAGUCCUUUGACCCGCCAAAAAUGGACUAAACAACGAGAGUUCGUUUUUACGAUUGUAGGGAGCGCGAUCGGGCUCGGUAACGUCUGGCGCUUCCCCUACCUCUGCUACAAGUACGGUGGUGGUGCUUUCUUCGUCCCCUAUUUCAUCUUUCUCUUCGGAAGCGGCAUUCCUAUGAUGCUGCUGGAAAUCUCCCUCGGCCAAUUCAUGUCCCGUGGAGGCAUUGAGGCUUGGGAUAUUGCGCCCGUGUUGAAAGGCGUUGGCUACUCCUGUCUUGUUCUCGUGAUGUGGAUCAACAUCUACUACAUCGUCAUUCUCUCCUGGACUCUGAUCUACUUCCUCAAAUCGAUCACCGGUGCAAUGCCAUGGAGCACUUGCGGAAACACCUGGAAUACUGAAUGCUGUUCGUCAGAAGUCAACAGUACUACUGGAAAGUUGGUUACCCCAGACGAUUGCAAUGGAACGGUAGCAUUUCCCGAGAACGAGUACUGGUACAAUGAAAUGCUCCAGCUCACCGACGGUUUUGGCGAGAUGGGAUCGCUUCGACCUCCAAUCGUCGGAGCCUUGGUUUUCCUCUGGUUCAUCACGUUCUGCUGUAUCUUCAAAGGAAUAAAGAGCACUGGCAAAGCUGCGUACGUCACCGCUACUUUCCCACUCGUCAUGCUGAUCAUCCUUGUUGUCCGUGGCGUCAGUCUCGAUGGAGCAUGGAUCGGAAUCAGCUACUUCCUCAAGCCCGAUCUCACCAAGCUCAAGAACCCCGAAGUUUGGACUCAGGCUGGCUCCCAGGUCCUCUUCAGCUACGUCAGCGGCCAGGGUGUUCUUACUUCGAUGGGCUCUUACAACAAAUUUUCCUUCAAUGUCUUCAAGUGGUCAACUCGACUUUGUCUUCUGAACUUCUGCGCGUCUAUGAUGGCUGGUUUGGCCAUUUUCUCUGUACUUGGGAACAUGUGCCACUUGACCGGAAUGAAAAUGGAAGAUGUCGCCCAGGGCGGUCCAGGACUUGCGUUCAUGACAUACCCAAGAGCUCUUUCCAGUCUCUGGUGUCCUCAAUUAUGGUGUGCUUUAUUCUUCGGGAUGAUUUUGAUGCUUGGAAUCGCCACCCAAGUUUUUAACAGGCGACCAAACCGACGAACGGCCUUUGUUGCUCUCGUAUGUCUGACAUGUUUGUCCUUUGCUCUACCAAUGGUUACAGAGGGAGGAAUGUAUCUCUUCCAGUUAUGCGAUAGCUACGGUGCUAAUGGAAUCUCGCUUCUAACGAUUGUCUUCUUUGAAGCUGUCGCAGUGGCUUGGGUUUAUGGAAAGGACAAGUUCUACCAAGACAUGUUCAAUAUGUACGGCCACAAAAUGGAUCCCCGUCGAAGACCAUGGACUUAUUUUGGUUUCGCAUGGAAGUGGGUUACUCCUCCUAUGAUUCUCGCCACUCUUGGAUAUGCUUUCGUCGCCUGGUCUCCUCCAACUUAUGACCGAGCUGAUGGCACGUACACUUAUCCUACUCUUGGUACAAUCGUUGCGGUUCUGAUGACGAUGUCGAGUGGAAUUUGCGUACCGAUUUACUUCUCGAUCGCAUUUCUUCGAAAAUACAACAAGAUUCGAUCAGUUCGAGAGACGUGGAGCUGGAUAAUUGAAGCUAGACUACCGAGUGACCAUCCCUACUUGCAAAUUCAUUCUGAAAAGAAAAUCGUGCGCGAUGACGAAUAA